AAGUGCGAAGGAGAAGAUGAAGACGAAGACCACGAAGACGUAGACUAGCUGAGUUACGCUGCUGCCGACAACUGCCUCUCUCUCUAUCUCUCUCUCUCUCUCUCUCUCUCUCUCUCUCUCUGUGUCUACGAAUAUGGGAAUGAAUAAUCCAACGGUGUUGAAGGUGGGGUUGGCGGUCAUGGGGCUGUGCAUAGCGGGAUACAUUCUCGGGCCACCCCUCUACUGGCAUUCCAUGGAGGGAUUAGCCGCCGUCAGCCACUCCUCAAAUUCCUGCCCUCCUUGCCAGUGCGACUGUUCAUCUCAGCCUCUCCUCUCCAUCCCCGAAGGAUUGAACAAUGGUUCUUUUGCAGAUUGUGCAAAGCAUGACCCAGAAGUGAGUGAAGACACUGAAAAAAAUUUUGCGGAGCUGUUGACAGAGGAACUGAAGCUUCGGGAAGCUGAGGCUUUGGAAAAUCAGCAGCGUGCUGACAUGGCUCUCCUUGAGGCAAAGAAGAUUACAUCCCAGUAUCAAAAGGAAGCGGAUAAGUGCAGUUCAGGUAUGGAAACAUGUGAGGAAGCAAGAGAGAAAGCUGAAGCAACAUUAGUGGCUCAAAAGAAACUGACAGCCAUGUGGGAGCUGAGAGCACGUCAGAGAGGAUGGAAAGAAGGGAUUGCCAACUCUCAUACUCAAAAUCAGGGAACUGUCCAGACUUCAUAGAAACUCGAUAUUCGCCACAUAAGGAACAAUCUAAGGCUAUUGUUCUAGAAGGUGAAUCUCUGCUGGUUGUGAUAAAUUUUCACUAGCGUCACAUUUUUAUCAUGAUUCUGUUCAUCACCUCAAGCUAUCUAAACUAUUUUUUAUUAUUUGUAGUCAAAUAUAGAAACUUGUCAUGAGGCUUCUGCAAUUUGCCAAUAGCACAAACAUGCACAGAUUUCUCUCUCUCUCUCUCUCCCCAAGUUUAGUUAGAUGUUUCAUUUGUAAGACUAACAGAUUAGACUACUAUAUUGUUCAUUCUUAUUUCAAAGUAAACCAAGAAUUUGUGAUUAAAUGUCAAAAUAGGUGUGAAAUCAAGAAUUUGUGAUUAAA